GGGCUACUCAAAGUAUGUGAAGGAUGUGGAGAUCUGAGCACUGCUGCGUUUUGUUCAUUGGACAAGAAGAUUACAAGGCUGGCCCUGGUUAUUUCCCUUGAAGUGUUUGUAGAGAAAACAAUGACGACACGGUGCACGGCUUGACUAAAAUACAUCACUCAUGCAGGCGCUGCGGGAUGGGUUUUUGGUGAACUUCCUGGUAUUACAGGGCUGUGCUGUCUUUCGGUGAAAGAAAAGGAAGGGGGACAUUGCACGUUGCCACACCACUCCCAUAUGGGGUUUUAGGGAAACGGAGUCCCAAAAAAAACGCAUAGUCUACUCUGUUUUUUUUUUUUACAUGAGCAGUGCAUCAUUAUCUGCUACUAAUAACAUGACUGUGUCUGUUAACUUACUACUAAUACCGCUAAGGAUAACGUGAAGUCCUCUGCUGAGGCUGCAGUCUGGGAGAAACCACAAUUUAACUAAGCCCACAGUGGGAGCGCUGGUCUGAACUGGGAGUGGUGGGAGGUUUCAAGAGAAACCCGGCAGGGCUCGCACGCAGUAGGCUACUACUGCACGUUAGCCAAUCUACUGGCAGACACCAGUCACUGACUGACUGACUGACUGGCUGGGCUGUACCUAUUCACAGCGGAGGGACUGAACCAAAUACCCACACUAACGUAGGAUAGUCUGUCUGGACGUGGACGAUACAACCUCAGUCAAAGAAGAGAGAGAGACUACCCCACUCUUUUUGACCUCGUCUGUUUUAAGGUGGUGGCGAGUGACGGGGUGCGGGCUAUGAUGGAGUCGGCCCUGACAGCCAGAGACCGGGUGGGCGUGCAGGACUUUGUCCUGCUGGAGAACUUCACCAGCGAGGCCGCCUUCAUAGAGAACCUGCGCAAACGCUUCAAAGAGAACCUCAUCUAUACAUACAUUGGUUCAGUGCUAGUGUCAGUUAACCCAUACAAAGACCUGGAGAUCUACACCAAGAACCACAUGGAGCGAUACCGUGGAGUCAACUUCUACGAGGUCUCACCACACAUCUAUGCAGUGGCAGACAACUCGUACCGCUCCAUGAGGACAGAGAGGAGGGACCAGUGCAUCCUGAUCUCUGGGGAGAGUGGCGCCGGGAAGACUGAGGCAUCAAAGAAGAUCCUGCAGUAUUACGCCAUCACCUGUCCAGCCAGCGAGCAGGUGCAGACCAUCAAAGACCGCCUGCUGCAGUCCAACCCUGUGCUGGAGGCCUUUGGCAAUGCCAAGACCUUGCGUAACGACAACUCAAGCCGCUUUGGCAAGUACAUGGACAUUCAGUUUGAUUUUAAGGGUGCCCCAGUUGGAGGCCACAUCAUUAACUACCUGCUGGAGAAGUCCCGUGUGGUCCACCAGAACCACGGGGAGAGGAACUUCCACAUUUUCUAUCAGCUGAUCGAGGGAGGGGAGGAGGACCUGCUGAGAGCCCUGGGCCUGGAGAGGAACCCUCAGCAGUACCAGUACCUGGUCAAAGGUAACUGUCCCAAAGUGAGCUCCAUCAACGAUCGCAGUGAUUGGAAGACGGUGAAGAAAGCCUUGACUGUGAUUGGCUUCAAUGAGGACGAUGUGGAGGAGUUGUUGAACAUAAUUGCCAGUGUGCUCCACCUGGGGAAUAUGCAGUACGGAGGGGAAGAAGGCAAUGUCUGCAUCACUUCUGACACGCAGAUAAAGUACCUGGCCAGGUUGUUAGGAGUGAAUGGGGCAGUGCUGACAGAGGCACUCACACACAAGAAGAUAAUUGCCAAGGGAGAGGAGCUGAUGAGCCCGCUGAACCUAGAGCAAGCGUCAUCAGCUCGGGAUGCUUUAUCCAAGGCAGUGUAUGGACGCACCUUCACCUGGCUGGUUAACAAGAUCAACGCUUCACUGACAUACACGGAUGACUCCCACAAGAAUUACUCGGUCAUUGGCCUGCUGGACAUCUAUGGCUUUGAGGUCUUCCAACACAACAGCUUUGAGCAGUUCUGCAUCAACUACUGUAACGAGAAGCUGCAGCAGCUCUUCAUUGAGCUCACCCUAAAGUCAGAGCAGGAGGAGUACGAGGCUGAAGGCAUCACGUGGGAGCCUGUGCAGUACUUCAAUAACAAAAUCAUCUGUGACCUGGUGGAGGAGAAGUUCAAAGGCAUCAUCUCCAUUCUGGAUGAGGAGUGUCUGAGACCCGGAGACGCCAGUGAUCUCACCUUCCUAGAGAAGCUGGAGGACACUGUGGGAGGACACGCGCACUUUGUCACUCACAAGCUGGCUGAUGCAAAGACCCGGAAGGUAAUGGGCCGUGACGAAUUCAGACUGCUGCAUUACGCUGGAGAAGUCAACUACAAUGUCAACGGAUUUUUGGACAAGAACAACGACCUGCUCUUCAGGAACUUAAAAGAGGUUAUGUGUAUGUCAGAGAACAAGAUCCUGAACCAGUGUUUUGACAGAGAGGAGCUGAGUGACAAAAAACGUCCCGAAACGGCAGCCACCCAGUUCAAAGCCAGUCUGGCGAAACUCAUGGAGAUCCUCAUGUCGAAGGAGCCGUCGUACGUCCGCUGCAUCAAGCCCAAUGACUCCAAGCAAGCAGGUCGAUUUGACGAAGUCUUGAUCCGUCACCAGGUCAAGUAUCUGGGGCUGAUGGAGAAUCUGAGGGUGAGGAGAGCCGGCUUUGCUUACAGACGGCGCUAUGAGGUGUUCCUUCAGAGGUAUAAGUCCCUGUGUCCAGAUACAUGGCCUAACUGGCAGGGGAAGCUGGCCGAUGGAGUGGCCACACUGGUCAAACACCUGGGAUACAAGCCAGAGGAGUACAAACUGGGCAGAUCCAAAAUCUUCAUCCGUUUUCCAAAGACGUUGUUUGCCACCGAGGAAGCACUUGAGACCAGGAAACAUAGUCUUGCCACCCAGCUUCAGGCAGGAUGGAGAGGCUACAGCCAGAAGUCCAAAUACCAAAAACUCAGAACCUCAGCUAUUGCCAUCCAGGCGUGGUAUAGAGGGAUCCUGGCCAGGAGGAGAGCCCAGCGCAGGAGACAGGCUGCUGAUACUAUCCGCAGGUUCAUCAAAGGCUUCAUUUACCGCCACAGAGAACGCUGUCCAGAGAACGAGUAUUUUCUGGAUUAUGUGCGCUACUCCUUCCUUAUGAAGCUGCACAGAAACCUGCCCAAGAACGUCAUGGACAAGAGCUGGCCGACACCUCCAGCUGCUCUCACCGAGGCUUCAGAGCAUUUGCGUAAGCUGUGCAUGCAGAACAUGGUGUGGAGCUACUGCAAGAAGAUCAGUCCUGAGUGGAAACACCAGAUGGAGCAGAAGAUGAUCGCCAGUGAGCUCUUUAAGGACAAGAAGGACAACUACCCACAGAGCGUGCCCAAACUGUUUGUCAGCACAAGACUCAAUGGUGAGGACAUUAACCCCAAGGUGGUGCAGGCUCUGGGCAGUGAGAAGAUGAAGUAUGCAGUGCCAGUCACCAAGUACGAUAGAAAAGGCUACAAGGCUCGGCCCCGCCAGCUGCUGCUCACCGCCAACAGUGCCGUUAUCGUUGAGGAGACCAAACUCAAGCAGCGCAUCGACUACGGAGCUCUGAAAGGUAUCUCAGUCAGCUCUCUCAGUGACGGCUUGUUCGUUCUGCAUGUGUCCAGUGACGACAACAAACAGAAGGGAGAUGUUGUUCUGCAGAGUGACCAUGUGAUCGAGACCUUGACCAAGAUUGCGAUCUGUUCUGACAAAAUAAACAACAUCAACAUUAACCAGGGCAGCAUAACGUUUACAGUGGGUCAGGGGAAAGAGGGGAUCAUAGACUUCACGCCCGGAUCAGAACUACUGGUGGCCAAGGCUAAGAACGGACACUUGUCUGUGACGGCUCCCAGACUGAACUCCAGAUGAUGGCCACUCUGACCACACUCAUACACCAGGACCUACGUACUCCUGACCUCUCCCAUCCUCCAAUCACACGACCGCAGACCCCGCUCUGCCUAAGCCAAUCAGAUGCCAGCUGUCACUACACGGGUGGCAUGUGCUUCCAAUUAAAAAGGAAAAAAAAAGAAGAAAAAAAAUCCAGCUAAACUAAUUGAUAUAUUUAUGUUCAUAUAUUAUAUUUUUGGGAUUAAUAUGGUUGCUGUUUUAAUAUUCUGAUUUUAUAUAUGAGGCCAAGGAAUAACAAAUAUUUUUGGUGCAUUUUUCUUGCACCAUGUGUGUUUUAUUGUGCUUUAUUUGGGAACAUGACCAAGAAAACAAUGAGGGAAGAGUCAGAAUAAGAGACUGUUGUUGAUGAAAAUCAGGGUUAGUUGUUGCCUGUUGCCUCUUUUUUUUUUCCUGUUUACUUUUUCGGCUCAACUUAUUAGGCUUGAUUGUCUUGCAGACACAACUUUCUCUAACUGGGGUGUAUGGCUUGUUAUUGAAGCAUGAAGUUGUGUAGAACAAGGCUGACGUAUGUAGGAUAGCUGUUGUGAGGUUCAGGGAUGAGGAAGAACAACUUUUCAAUCAAAUAGUGACUCUUUGGCAUGCAGAGGCUGGUAGUGUCAGACGGUGGUUCACUAAAUCAGAAUUAAUAGUUGGAUGUACUACUGAAUAGGCUAUAUUUCACAAAUCUAUACAUGCAAUGUUUGAAUAAGAAGGUAGCUCAUCACGAGGGAUUCACUACAUGAAAUAAACAGCACACGGUGUAAAAGUAUGUGAAAAGUGGGUGAGAAAAGGCAAGAGAAAGGUGAAAAGAAAGAUGAAAGAACGGUUACUAUUAGCCUUGACGCCAGGUGCUUGUGCCUUUUCCUUUUGACUAAUUUAUUCAUAGUUGAGCUGUAUAUCGAUGGAUAACAACGCCAGAAUGAGUCGAGUUAAGUGUAGAUAGAAACCCGUCAUCCAGCUGCCUGUGCAACUUCAAAAGCGCAUAACCUGCUUUGACUUGAUGAAAGGCACCAGCAUGUCUCUCUGUCGUUGGCUACAUGUCCUCCAUUCUUCCACCUCUACGCUCUGCUUUGCCUCUCCAGCCUCCUCCCUAACCUCCCUGCUGUCUGUCUUAGAGAACUGGGGCUCUGUUUGGGCUUUGACUGAACUGGUCUAAUGGCCACAUGUUUAUUUUGUGUUGAUAUUCAAUGUACAUCUCUCCAUUUUCUUUGAAACUGCAUUUAGACCAACAUGUGUCACAAUAUGAAGCCAAAUCUGGGUUAAGCUGAAAUACAUGUGAAGGCCAUAAACAGUGGUUUAAGAUUGAAGCCACUAAUAGCUGUGUAUAAGGUGUUUGACAUGUUUAAACGUGACUCUUUUUUUAAAAGAAAAUAGUUUGACAUUUUGGGAAAUUUUGGGAACGCUUAAUCACUUUCUGGCUGAGAAGAUUGAUACCACUCUCGUGUCUCUCCUGCAGCUCUCCUUCUCCCCUCCCUGUCACCCAGGUAAAUGCAUGCACAGACCAGCCAAUAGGAACGCUCUCUUUCGUUCUUUUGGAAAUGAUCUGUGAUUGGUCAAAUAGUUUUCUCUCAGACCACUUGAAUUACAAUAUACUGAUACGUUAUUAUGGAUUUUGCCCAACAACACCAAAAAACAAAUUGCCUACCACAGCUUUACUGAUGUCUGUAUGCUAACUAUGAAGCUACAGCCAGGGGAAUGCUAGCUUAGUGGGAGACAGCUAGCUGCUUGGCUCUGUUCAAAUGUAAAAGGUCCACCUACAAAGGCUAGCUGUUUGCCCCUGUGUCCAGUCUUUAUGCUGACCUAAGGUAACCAUCCCCUGGCUGUAGCUUCAAGUUGAACUUAUAGAUAUGAAAGUUUUAUUGAUCUUAUCACAUGAGGGAAUUUCCCAAAAUGUCAAACUAUCCCUGUAGUGCCAGGAAAAUGUAAGGUUAUUUUCAAAAUGUUGCUCUUUUCAGGAUAGAACACUUCUGAAAUUGCAUCUAAAUUGUAGUGCAACACUAAAAAUCUUCAUUUAAUCCUGAUAAGAGUAGAAUAUUUAUGCAUCCUUACAAAAAAAUGUCAGUCCAGUUCAGAUUAAGAGCUUCCUAUAGAACAGUUCUACAAUAAAUAUCUCUGUCAAACUCUGAUCAAGGACUGGUCCUGAAAACGUUGUGUCAUUGAAAACUUUUGAGAAGAGCUCCAAAAUGUUUCCACAUUUCUGUUGUUGUUCUUUUUGUUCUCACUCAAUGAACUUUUUCUCUGCAUGGCUCUGGGUAGCGAGGCGGGUGCGACAUGCCCAGCCAGGACUGUGCUACUAGCCAAAGACCCUCUUGAUUUCUAGUGAUUCUGUGUUGUAUGAUUUAUAUGAUAUUAUGUCGGUUCUGAAUGUUGUUUAUCAGGAGGGAGAUCUAUGUGUACAGUUUGUUCAGUGUUGUAAAUGAGAGAUUCAAACCAAGUGAGGUUCGAUGAUGUGAAACAUUUGUGGAGAAAAAAAAAAACUUAGUAUUGUUUGUUGACGCAAACUUGUUCAUGUGCCUUGUUGGAUAGCAAUACAACCGAUUUGUGUGGAAUUAUGAGAAAUCCCUCCUUGCCAGAGUCUUUGGCCAUUUCUAAAAGUUUCCCAGCAGCACCUAAAGGUCUCCUCUCUCUGUGUGUGUAUAAGCUUUAUUCAAACCAAAUCCUAAGUUUGUAUAUUGAUUUAAAGAUGCACUCCUCUUAUCAGUCCUGACUUACUGUAUGCACAAAACCAAUUAUACCAACACACUAAGAUAAGAUACUAAAGAUUUGAAAAAUAAAUUUGAAAAGUAAAAACAAACUAAUGAA